AUGGGUGUGACAGAACGACCCUCAAAUGUGUUGGGACCCAUGAACUCUGGCAAAUUCCAGAUCCGGGAACCCAAAAAAGCCCACCCAAACCUGCUUGAGCUAGAGGGUGAUACACAUGGUUUUAACGGGGACAUAUCAUCGCUCAAGAAAGGAGAUGAUAUCCCUGCGCCGGGGCCGUACAUCUACGAACAUACUGAUGGCUCUGUCAACGACGACCAAAUAUGCCCUCGCUUCUGGCGCGAGCUUUGCCCCGAUGACGCAGUGCCCAAGGUCGCCCCUAUUUCAUCGCCAGUUUGCUCACAGCCCCCCCAUCCUCCGGCAAAAGCUAGAGCUUUCUCAGCUUUGAAAUAA